AUGGCGUCGGUCCAGGGGCGCAAGCGGUCGCGGCUCGCCUGCCAGACCUGCCGCGAGCUGAAGCGCAAGUGCGACGGCGCCGAGCCCUGCGGCACCUGCGUGCGCUUCGAGUAUCCCUGCCGCUACUCGGCCGGGAGCAGGAUCCGCAGCCGGACGGAUCAUCACCACGCACCACAGAGGAGUGUCGGCCUGCCGCAGUGCUCGCCCAUCGACAGCGGCGCCACGCCCGCGUCCUCCGCGGUGCAGCACCAGGCAAGGUCGCUCGAGGCCAACUCGGGCCCCGCGUUUGUCCGCCGCCUGGGCUUCAAGUCCGAGUCGGGAAAGGGCAGCCCGCGCGUGCAGACCUUUGCGUGGAACGCGUUCCUCGGCUCGCGCCAGACGGUGCAGAAUCCCCUGGCGCGCCCCGUCACCGAGCUCCUGUCCCAGCAUCGCAUGACCUACCUGGCCGGCGUGUACUUUCAGAAGCUCCAUCCCACCUACAGCUUCAUCGACGCCGGCCAGCUCGAGGCGCACGUGCGGCUGCGCUGGUCGCGGCCGAGCGCCCCGGAGCCGGGCGACGCGCUGCUGUGCGGCGUGGCCGCCCUGGGGUGCCUCUUCUCGCAGGUGCACGCCGACAGGACCGAGCCGGAGCUGGUCGAGUCGGCGAGGCGCAUGCUGGAGGGGUCCUUCUCGGAGCCGCCGUCCGUGGCGGGCAUAAGCGCCUGGCUGCUGCGGGUCAUCUACCUGCGGCUUGCCGGGACGCACUACCCGGCGUGGAUGGCGAGCUGCACGGUGCUGCACAUGCUGGAGGCCGCAGGCAUGACGGUGGAGGACACCAACCCCGCAGCCCUGCGUCCGGACACGCAGGAGGCGGGCAACGUCGAGGUCAACAGGAGACUGCUCGCCGUCGCCCAGCACCUCAACACGUGGAUGUCCUACGACAUGGGCCUGAGCCGCGUCGCGCUCUCGAGCGUGACGUGCGUGCUGCCCUCGAAACGACCCGGGGAAUUCACGACCGAGCUGAUGGAACUCCUCCCCUUCACCAUCCAGCUGGACCCGGAGCGCACGCAGCCCGCCUCCGAGCUGGAGUCGGCGCUGCAGACGGUCCUCGACCGCGUGCACACGCGCCCGCCCAGCGUCCUCGGCCAGUGCAACCUCGCCCUCUGUCUCUGCCGCCGCCUGCGCUCCAUGGAGUUCUCCCUGCCCGACGCCACCAUCCAGCGGAUCCUCGUGCUGACGGCCAGCGGCAUCCGCGCCGCGCGGGCGAUCCUCGAAGACCGCGCGCCGUGGCACCACAUGGCCUACGUGCCCUUCCAGGUCGUCUGCGUGCUGCUGGCCAUCGACACGGUGGCGUCCAUUUCGCAGCUGCGCGACGCGGUGCAGUGCCUGCGGGACGUGGCCGAGGUGUACAACACGCACGCGACGCGCGAGGCGGUGCGCACCGCGCGCUCGCUGGUGAUGCUGCACCAGCGCGGCAAGGAGAUGCUCGCGGCCGCGCUGGGGGACGUGGUCAAGAUGCACGACGUGAAUGCCCACGAGGAUGUGGCGAGCACGGUGCCGGUUCUGUCGGAUGAGUUUGUGUGGCUGAACAACUUGCCCGAGGACAUCUCCAACCUCCAGGACCUGGGACUGGAGCAGCUGCUCAGCCCAGAGUUCUUCUGGAAUGCUAGUAGUAGUUGA